GACUCUGUGCCUGGUGGUUUCAGGAUUAUCCGUUAUUUUUUAAUAUUUAUGGUUUUCUAUAUCAUAUUAUGAUUAUUUGUUUUUUUAAUUUGUUAAAAUUGUGUAUGUUAAUGAUUUCACUUUAAACCUUAUUCCAUCUAGACUGAAUGUCUGAAUGUAAUAUUCGUAAUUUGCUGUUGUAAUAAUCUAUACUUUACAAACAUUACACAAUGGCUACCAAACAACAAAGCCAAAACGCCAUCACUCUCAAAGGGUCUGCGAAAUUGGUUAUGGACUAUUUAAAUUUUGGAAUUAACAGUAUUCUUUUUCAACGGGGAAUAUACCCACCGGAAUCUUUCAAAACAGAAGAACAUUUUGGUCUGUCGAUUCUUGUGUCAACAGAUACUAAAAUUCAACAGUUCUUACAACCCGUUCUCAAUCAAAUGAAAGAUUGGCUGUUAGAACAAAAAAUUCAAAAGAUGUCAAUGGUUAUAUCUAAUGUUAACACCAAAGAAGUGAUGGAACGCUGGGAUUUCAAAUUACAGUAUGAAGGAUCUGGCGAUUCAAAUCCAGACUCAGUUGGGAAUAAAGAGCUAGCAACAAUCCAAAAAGAAAUUAGAGAUGUAUUAAGGCAAAUUUGUUCUACUGUUAGUUUUUUACCUUUACUUGACUGUCCAUGUGCUUUCGAUUUGCAAAUAUACACUAAACCUGAUGUAGAUGUACCACAAGAAUGGUCUGAAACUGCUCCUAGUUAUAUUGCUAAUUCUCAAGAGUUACAGUUACGAUCAUUUUCAACUUCAUUGCAUAGAAUGGAUACUGUUGUCAGUUAUAAAGCAGACUUUUAAAAAAAAUCUGUUAUAGCGGUAAUCAAACUGAUUAAGUUUUUUUUUUAUACUUAAUUUUAAUAUACAUGAAUACUAUUUUGUAUACUACGAAUUUCAAGUUAAGUGAUAAUUAGUAUUCUUAUUUUGGAAGCUAAUAUUUUUAUCAAACUACUAUUUUGCUAAUCAUAAAUCAAAUAAUAAUUUGUUUUGUUUAAGUAUUUCAUUAAACUAUUUUUCUUGAUCACAUUAUUGUUAAACAUUUUUUUACUUUAUUUUAAGUGCCCUAUUACUCUAUCCUAUAGUAUUAGAUAAUCAAUUUGUGUUUCAUUUUAAUUAUAUUUUAUUAUUAUAUUUUUACUCUUAAGUUGUAUACAUUAAGWGGACGUGUCACCAAACAUUUACGCGUACAACGACCGAGAGGAUGCGCUGUUAUGUGUUUUCAUGAUCCGCAAGCGUUUAAGUCACACCUACUAUUCGCAAUUCGUAACCGGUCGACAACUGCUCGUUUGGGAGUGCCGGUUAUUUGUCUAUGAGUGUUUGUCCAGUACGAUUCGUAUUAUUAUAAAAUUSAUUAUACGCAAAUGCCGCCAUAUUUUCAAUACCCGUGCAUACCGAUUAUAAAUUAUGAUACUGCUUACCUAAAUUUAUGUUCCAAUAUAUAGAUYGUAAAACUGUAUUAUAACAUAGCUUGAUUUGUAGUUAUUGAAUUAUUACAUAUUGUAAAAUCUAAUAAAUGGUAAAUACAAUAAAUACAGCGAAUUAAAUUAA